GACGGUGUAAGUGAUGAUUUGGAAUCCUCGGUGUCAACGGAUAGUAAUAACCGUGAUUUUCGCUACGGUUUCUUUUUGUGCUAUUUUCCGGACAAAGCAAUCUCUUCGGAUGACAAAACUGAUGAAAAAGAGAAUUGGUCACGAGCAGUACAGUGUGAGAUAGACGAAAAAUAUUCCUGUCUAACUGGUGCCGACUGCUCACAUAAACUGGGUGCAGUGGAGAUGAGAUUUCAUAUACAGCAGCAGAAAGCAACCGAUUCUGUUGGACGUGAAUAUCUUCCACCUCAUGUUUCUCAGUGCUCGGAAUGGGGCCGAGUAAGAUUUUUUUUAACCAUAUUUGUUACUCCUUUUAAAAUGUUAGCUGCCAGUGCGUAA